AUGGAGUCAGUUGAACUGGAUUUUGACACGGCUAUAAGAGAAGUUUUGAAAAACGCUAUUGCCGCUGACGGGAUUGUUCGCGGCCUCCAUGAAUGCACCAAGGCUAUAGAGCAACACAAAGCAAUUGUUUGUUUCUUAGCCGAGAGUUGCGAUGAGGUCGCCUAUACUGACCUCGUCGAGGCCCUUUGCCGUAACCAUGAGAUCCCACUUAUUAAAGUUGCUGAUGGUAAAAAUCUUGGUGAAAUGGGUGGUCUGUGCAAACUGGACCGAAAAGGUUGCCCUCGAAAGGUUGUUUCUGCAUCCUGUAUCGUCGUAAAGGACAUCGGCGAAGAAAGUCGUGGAUGGAAAUACCUUGUCGAAAAGCACAAGAUCCCUGUUGCCGCUCGUUGA